AUGUUCAACACCAUCUACCACCUCCGCGCCAGGGUCGCCACCUUGUUCGCCGCCACCCCCGCCUCUUUUGCCCGUGAGUCUGCCGUGACCGAGCCUGUCAGCCCCGCCUCGCACGCUGGCGUCUCCUCGGAGCGCAGCGUGCAGGUCGUCCCCGCUGGCAGUGUCAGCGCUUCUGCGUUCGUCCACAGUGACGACGGCAUCGACGUCGCGGUCAAUCACGUUUUCCACGCGCACGACGAGCUCACCACGUCUACCCACUGGGUGGAAGGCGACUAUCUCAUGACUGUCAGGAAGACCACCUUGCUCAAUGAGCCCACCGGUACCUGUGCCAAUCGCCACUCUGCGCUCUCUUCCGCCUCUUCCUCUACUCCCACUGCCCUCAGUCAGGGCCGAGGUGCUGGUGGUAUAGACAAUGGUAACAUCCCCUCUGCUACCGGUGCUCACGUCGACCGCCAAGUCCAGUCUCGACCAUCCUCUGGCCCUACUCCUCGACGACGUCAACUUGACUUCAUGACCGCCACCCACGCUCCCUACCGCCGUGGCUCUACCCGCAUUCAAGUCAUUGCUCGUCACCGAGAGCAGAUCAAGUUCACUUCCGGAUCUAAUGGGUCUACCCGUGCCGUCAUCAAUGGCCCGCGAGUCUCGGUGGCUGCUCUCUGCGACGCGCUUCCUGGUGCUACACCUGCUACUACCACCGCCUCGUCCUCUCGCUCUGUCUUUGAUCCUGCUGUCGUCCGCCGUACUGAGUCUUCUGUCGGCUCUGAUCGAGCCAUCGCCAUGCGUCCCCGGCCUUCUUUCUCUUCUGCUCCGCGGGUUGCUCCUCCAGCUCGUCUUUCCCUUCGAGGCCCUCCUCCUGCCAGAACCACUCUCAAGAGGACAAUCAACGAAGUCUCGAACGACGAUACCGAAUCUGAACUGGCUCGUGUCCCCAAGCGUACUCGCGUCACCCCGCCUCGUCAGCUCGUUCCAGCGCCUCGUCAAGUUUCUUCUUCUUCAUCUACAUCUUCCUCUCCCGCAUCCGAGAUCAUCCUCACUCCUCCCAACCACGAUGUCGCUCUGCCCGUUGUCUCGCCCUCUCCCAGGCGCACUAAGCGCACCCGUGAUCAAGUUGACGAGGAUGACGAGUCUUCUUCUGAACCUCCCAGGCCGACCACAAGAAUUCGCUUCGAUACCGUCCCUGCUUCCACUGGUUUUGCCAACUACUCCAGGGCCGACACCCGAACCGCCCUUGUACCUCCGCCCCGGGCCUUCUCGGUUGGCGCACCUUCAUUUUCGCCCCUUUCAAACCAUCCAGCAGUCCCCGAGACUGCCGUGGCUCAAGGUACUCGCAAGACCUUUGUUCCUCCCCCUCGAGCUUUCAUGGUCGGGGCGCCUCCUUCUAGUCCUCUUCCAUGUACCUCUGGCCGAGAGUCAUUCCUGGCCCGAGGCGCUGCAGCUGCCGGGCCUCCACCAUUCGUUUCUCGCGAGGCUCCCGCUGCCUCCGCAGCGGCCCUAGCCUCAUCUGCGACGUCAGAGCUUUAG